UGAGAACAUGAAUUGACUGUCAACUUUGAACACUGAAGGAGGAGAUUGUGUCUGUUUCUGGCAAACAUGAAGUUAAUCGUCUGGUAUUUCUUUCUCUUCUGUUUCCAAGUUGAAGUUCUAAAAGGAGAAAUCAAUGACUCUACCAAGUAUGAGAUGUUUACAUUUCACAACGGAGGUGUACAAAUUAUAUGCAAAUACCCUGAAACUGUCCAGCAAUUUAAAAUGCAGCUGCUGAAAGGAAGCCAAAUGCUCUGUGAGCUCACUAAGACAAUGGAAAACAAAACCAACAUGGUGUCCACUAAGAAUGUGGAAUUCUGUCAAUCUCAGUUAUCCAAUAAUAGUGUCUCUUUUUUUCUAUACAAACUGGACAGUUCUCAUGCCAGCUAUUACUUCUGCAAACUAUCAAUCUUUGAACCUCCUCCUCAUGAUGUAGCUAUUGUUAGAGGAGAAUAUUUGCAUAUUUAUGAAUCACAGCUUUGUUGCCAACUAAAGAUCUGGCUCCCCAUAGGAUGUGCGGCUUUUGUUGUACUCUACAUUUUUGGAUGUGUAUUUAUUUGUUGGCUUUCAAAAAAGAAGUAUCAAUCUUGUGUGCACGAACCCAGUAGUGAAUAUAUGUCCAUGGCAGCAGUGAAUACAACGAAAAUACCUGGAAUCAGAGAUGUGACCCUGUAAUCUGGAACUCUCCGGCACCCAAGCAUGAACCAAAUUGGCCAGUCCCCCCUGCCCCCAACUUGGAGUGUGAGAUUCCCUUCUUUCCUGAACCACGGAGACAGACUUGACUUGACUGUAUACAUUCCCUACUGGUGUUUUGUUCAAUCUGGACCAGUGAUUAUAUCAGUCAAUAGGAAUUUCAACAGACUGUCUCUAUGCUGCUGAGUUCUCUCAAAACAAACACCCUCUCAUGACUAGCUUUAUGGAAAGCGCCACUCACGUGUGCUCAGCAAAUAGACCUCACUAGGGUGGAAUCCCUGUCUUCAUAUCUGCUCCUAACAAUGCACCAGCCAGUAAAACAAACACAUUCACAAAAAAUUUUUAAGAUGCCAGAGGUACCAAAUCUGCAAAGCAAGUGGGCAGGCAGGGGCCAGGAUCUGCCUGCAUUUCACCAACAGAAGACCUCUAAUUUCUGUAAAAGGAGAUGCUUCAAAAUUGAAGCUCUUUUAUUUCUGAGGUGUAAACAUGUCCUAUCCUAUAUGAAUACAUUAGUAUACAGUACUUUCUUCUCCAACCGCCCCACCAAAAGUUUAGAUGCUGUACCCUGCUUUCAAAUUUCCUUUUUAAGACACUUCUACAUGACUACUUGGCAGCUGUUCUGAAUAUGUAGCCAUUUCUAUAUUUUUUCCCUCUGCUGCUCAACAAAAUACAAGAAAAUGUAUACCGUUGCUGUCAGUGGAUAUAAUAUGCCUGCACUUUCCCUACAAGAAUAUAUUUACCUCAGAAAGACAUCUUAUUUUCCCAAAUUUAGUGAAAAUGGUUUACUUUGUUAACAUUGGUGGUAGGAAACAUUGCCCAGAAUCAAAGGCAAAUUCAUUGUAUUAUCCUGUUUUCUACCAUUAUCCAAGUUUUCACGGUGCUAAUUUCCAGCUAAGCUCUUUUCAUAGACCAGAUUAAAACUGUAGACAGACAAACAAAACCAUCCUUGACUAUAAACACUCUCCUGAGGUAGAGCCGAUUAGCCAUUUAGCAUAAGCCCUGACUUCACCAGAGGUUGCUGCCAAACUACAACCAUGCUGCCUCUGGGCAUGGCAGGUCCAAAUGGAGAAAUUCAGUCCUCAACAGCCUGGAGCAGCCCUUCAGAACUGGUUGGGAUUCCAAGGGUUGAGAGCCUCCUCAGAGUCGGGGACACCCUGGAACCAUAGCCCCCAGAGAUUGAAAUCAUUCUGGGAACACAGUGAGUCUGCACUGUGUUCAUCCUCCAGGAUGUACAAAGAAUGGAGCUUUCAGGGGGCAUCAAAAACUGGGCUGGCCCUUCAAAAUGCUCUUCCUUUGAAUAUAAUUUGGCUGGAGAGAUUCUCAAGAACAUGUAAAAUGUGAUGAUUCUUUGUUGGAAUAUUUUCUCCACUUCCCUGUCCGUAUGCCCAAGGUUUCUGAAGCAGCCAAUGUUUUAUGUAACAACAUUUUUAACUUUAGGUAAAAUGGGGGUAUUUAACAGUUUAAAAAUCUGUAGUUGCCUGCUUAUAGUUUACUUUAAAAGUGAGAUCCAAUGUGUCAUUAUGCAUGCCUAUAUUGUUUUAAGUGUGCGUAAUGCUGGAUGUGUACAGUACAGUACUGAAUUUGUAAUUUGAAUCAAGUAUAGUAUUCUCUGUUCUCAGCUGACUUGGACAACCUGUCUGGCUUUGCAGAGGGGAUCCCUGAGUUGUUUGCAGCUCUCCCUGCCGGGAGUGGGAGCCUCCACGGUGGCACAACUGACUGGAGGCCCGAGCUGUGCCUCUGCAGCUUCUUAAGCUCAGUGCUGGACAUUGCAAAGUGAAUUAUUAAAGGACAAUAUUUCUGUGAAAUAAAAACUGUUUUUUACAGGAGCCACUUAUCAAGCAGAUUUUAGCAACAGUAGGAAGCUAAAGAAUAAACAUUUGCUAUUCCACAACUGAAAA